UGGCCUCGCCUUCAAAUUACAAGGAUUUCUUCAAGCUAAAGAUCAUGGCCUCGCCUUCAAAGUACUUCUUCUUCUGUGCUUCACCUUGGGGUUCAUCUUUGUUAAUGGUGAAGAGAUGAAGCAUUACAUCAUCUACAUGGGAGAUGUGCCUCAACUUGAUGAUUCCACAAGCAUACUGGACAUACACCAUGAUACUUUGGCAUCUAUUAAGGGAAGCCAUGAAGAAGCCAAGGCAUCCAUUAGAUAUAGAUACACAAAGAGUUUCAAUGGCUUUUCUGCAAUGCUUACAGAAGAAGAGGCCAACAGACUCGCAGCAACAAAAGGAGUUGUUUCAAUAUUCAUAAAUAGACGGCAUAAGCUUCUGAUAACUAGAUCUUGGGAUUUCGUGGGCCUUAAUAAGAGUGCUCCAAGGGUUCAUGCGGCCGAAAGUGACAUCAUCAUUGGUGUGAUAGAUUCAGGAAUCGACCCCAGUGUUGAAAGUUUGAAUGGAGAUAAUUUUGGCCCUCCCCCAGCAAAGUGGAAAGGUUCUUGUUUUGCCAACUUCACCUGCAACAACAAGGUUGUAGGGGCGAAAAUCUUCCCGGAGGGUAAAAAGUACGAAGGUGAUGCCACUACAGAAGAUGUGUAUUCGCCGAUGGACCUGGCAGGCCAUGGCACCUCUGUGGCUUCGAUCGCAGCUGGAAACUGGGUCGACAACGCGAACUUAUUUGGCAUCGCUAAUGGCACAGCACGAGGGGCUGUCCCUGGUGCUAGAAUCGCAAUGUACAAGGUAUGCUGGAGAGCACCAGAUAACGAGUGUUACGAAGCAGAUAUCCUCAAAGCCAUGGAUGAAGCCAUAGCAGAUGGUGUUGAUAUUCUAUCAAUUUCAUUGGUGGUUGAUGAUGAGACUGGCACCUUUGAUGGCGGUCUGAGUAUCGGCACCUUCCAUGCGAUGAAAAAGGGUAUCCUUUCAGUGGCCGGCGCAGGGAAUGAUGGGCCGGGGUUGGGGACAGUACGCAAUUGUGCACCAUGGAUUCUCACAGUGGGCAUGACAAAUACUGAUCGACAGCUGAAGAAUACUCUCCUUUUAGGCAAUGGCCAAAAGCUCGAAGGAGAGGGGGCCAUAAAUGUGUUCAAGUCCCCGAAGAAUUUCGCACCUUUAAUCACGAGUGUGGACAGCUCACAAUGUGACUUCAAGGAUGAGGAAUGCAGAGAUAAUGCAGGGACUUGUUAUUUUUACAUGGACUCCGAUAGGACUAAGGGUAAGAUUUUAUUAUGUAAAAUUCCACCGGAAGCCGGUAUGAUGCGCCAGUACUUCAAGCGUUCACACCAGGGCAUCGUUGGAUCAAUCUGGUUCGACACUGUUCCACCACCUGAUCUCGUCGAGAAUCCCUACGUACUAUCUGAGUCUGAUGGACCACAAAUCGGAAUCAAUAGGUCCACCACCAAUAUACUCUUGCAAUAUUUGAAAUCCAAUAAGUCUGCUGUGGGAAAGAUAUUGCAAACGGAAAGCAUCAUUGGCGGUGGGGUUGCCCCGAUUGUGUCAUCCGGAUCUUGUCGAGGUCCGGAUCGCUUAGGAUGGGGAGUGCUUAAGCCAGAUGUUGUCGCACCGGGGGAAAAUAUAUUGCUUGCCAUUCCAAGUUAUAAGACUUAUCUCUACGAUACUUUCAGUUCUCACAACCGGCCCACAUUCAGUUUUGGUACGGGCACAUCAUUUGCAACUCCCCAUGUUGGUGGGGUGGCAGCCUACAUUAAGUCUUUUCACCCUACUUGGUCACCAGCUGCAAUUAAAUCAGCCAUCACCACUACCACAACUCCAGCAAUAUCAGUCCAGCACCAAGCUGAGUUCGCCUACGGUGCUGGAAUGAUCAACCCUGUGGGAGCCCUAAAUCCUGGUCUCGUGUACGACAUGAACGAGACAGACUAUUCAGCGUACCUGUGCCGGUUAGGAAUCAGCCCGGGAAAAGCUUGGGACAAUAGCAUCUCCCCCUGCUCGAGUUUUCCUCAAGCAAAGGGAACCGAUGGCCUAAAUUACCCCACCAUACAACUCACUGUGAACAACACCGAUGGCCCUUUCGAAGCCACAUUCGAACGCACCGUAACAAAUGUUGAUGAUCAAGACUCUGUGUAUACUGCCAAAGUUGAGGCUCCACAAGGCAUCAACAUCACUGUAUCCCCUCAAAAUCUCAGCUUCAAUACGUGCAAUAAGACUGGGUCGUUUCAAGUGAAGAUCAUGGGCAAUUCCUUUGGAUAUCACAGGAUUGCAUCAGGGGCUCUUAUAUGGAGUGAUUCAGUCCAUAAUGUAAGGAGCCCCAUUGUAAUACAUAGUGUGAAGGUGUAGACUAGCAUCUUUACCAACAUAAUAAUACAAUUGUAGGUCCUUCUACUCUUAA